UUUUUUGCUUCACCUUAUAAAAACACCUUUUCUUUAAAGUUUGUGUUUCACUUUGUACACUUGCGUCUUACUUCACUACUUUACUACACUCCUAUCUACCUUACAUACAAAGCCUUUUUGACUCGGAUCAAAAAUGGUAAAUGUCAACGUUACUCCAUCCCUCAUGUAUUUACCAUGAUCACAUCUUAAUCAGCUGUCGGUGGGAGGACUUAUCAUAUUAAUACCUUUAAGUCCCUUUCUAGCUAAUACAAUAUCUUAUCGUUAAGUUUAUAUAUAUUUUCAGCGUGUAAAAAGUGUAAUCCUGUGGUCUUUUAAUAGUGACCAUAACUCAUCACACUUUGCCACAUAACUCCAUUUUGACUCCAGUUUUCUCUGAGCUCAUGGCGUCUCAGAUAUCACCCUGGUUUUUAGUGGCCUUGUUCUUCGCUUUCAUAUGUUCUUCACAAGCUGUCACCUUGGAAGUUGGUGAGGAUGAUGGAUGGACGUUAAACCCUGCAGAAAGCUACGUUGCAUGGGCUGGAAGAUUGAGGUUUAGGGUCAAUGACACCCUACAUUUCAAGUAUGAUGAUGCGACGGAUUCGGUUUUGGUGGUUGAUAAAGAUGAUUAUGAUAGUUGCAAUGUUGAUGAUCCUAUUGAGAAGCUCGAUGGUGGUGAUACGAAUUAUAGACUUGAACAUGGGGGUCCUAAUUACUUCAUUACUGGUAAUAAAUCCAACUGUGAACAAGGUCAGAAGGUUGAUGUGGUUGUUUUGCAUGUUAGAACUCAAUCGCCACCUUCACCUCCGCCUGCUCCAGCACCUCUUCCACCGGCUCCGGCGUCUCCUGUUACACCCCCACCAACUGCAAUCCCUGUUUUGACUCCGCCUGCUUCUGCUCCUACCGGAGGAAGCUCAGCCACUCCAGUUGGAAGUAAUCCGGCGGACUUGAAUCCACCACCACCAACAUUAGCACCAUCCGCAACACCAUCGUCGGCAACAGCAGUUGUUUCCGGUACCAUAACUGCAUCACUUGUGACGAUGAUCAUUGCUUUGUGUUUGAUUAAUUGAUGAUUUUUAAUUUAACAUAAGAUUUGAAGGGCUUCAUGAUUGUGUUUAAAUCUUGAUGGUUUUGUUGAUCAAUUUCUUUGUAUUGUUUAUUUUAAGUUGUAUUGUUUAUUUUUCUUUAGUUGAUGUUCAGUUGUUGAGUGUUCAUCAACCGAUGUUUUACAUUAAUGUGGAAUAAAGUUGGGUGGUUUAAUCUUUUUAUUUUUUUCAUUUUCAUAUAAAUUCUCCUAUUUCACUUUAUUAUUUGUUCUCAUUUGAUAAAAGAAAUAAAAAAUAUAUAUAUAUUUAUA